UAGCGUCGUGGCCGCGUCUGUCCUUCACAUCCGUCCACAUCCUUCUAGGCUCGACUCCCAAGCGCAGCAACGAUGGCCCUGCUCAAAUCCAACAAGGUGAUCUACUGUCUGGGCAACAUCUCCCCGUCACUGGGAGUUCUGUCCACCCGCAACAGCUCAUGGUGGGGUGGAGUACAGAUGGGUCCCCCCGAUCCCAUCCUGGGGGUGACCGAGGCCUUCAAGAGGGACACCAACCCCAAGAAGAUGAACCUGGGAGUAGGAGCCUACAGGGAUGACCAGGGAAAGCCCUUCGUCCUCAGCUGUGUCCGCAAGGCAGAGGCUUUGAUUGCAGCCAAACAGCUGGAUAAGGAGUACCUUCCCAUCGGUGGUCUGGGGGACUUCACCAAGGCCUGCGCCCAGCUGGCUCUUGGUAACGAUAAUGAGGUCCUGAAGAGUGGCAGGAACAUCACCGUCCAGACCAUCUCAGGAACUGGAUCUCUGCGCAUUGGAGCCAACUUUUUGUCUCGAUUCCACGGAGGACCUCGUGAUGUCUACCUGCCCAAACCCUCCUGGGGAAACCACACACCCAUCUUCAGAGACGCUGGCAUGCAGCUCAAAGCUUACAGAUACUACGACCCCUCCACCUGUGGCUUUGACUUCAAAGGAGCUCUUGAUGACAUUUCUAAAAUCCCAGAGCAGAGUGUGAUCCUGUUGCAUGCGUGCGCCCACAACCCCACCGGUGUGGACCCCAGGCCCGAGCAGUGGAAGGAGAUUGCUGAAGUUGUCAAGAAACGCAACCUGCUGGUUUUCUUCGAUAUGGCCUAUCAGGGCUUCGCCAGUGGAGACAUCGACCGCGAUGCCUGGGCCGUGCGCUACUUCAUCGAGCAGGGCCACAACAUCGUGCUGUCCCAGUCCUUCGCUAAGAACAUGGGACUCUAUGGUGAGCGUGUGGGAGGCUUCACCGUCGUGUGCAGAGAUGCAGAAGAGGCAAAGAGAGUGGAGUCCCAGCUUAAGAUCCUCAUCAGACCCAUUUACUCCAACCCACCAAUGAACGGCGCCAGAAUUGCUACAACUAUCCUCAACACACCAGAUCUGCGCUCACUGUGGCUGGAGGAGGUCCAUGGUAUGGCUAACCGCAUCAUCAAGAUGAGAGAACAGCUGGAGGCUGGUCUGAAGAAGAACGGCUCCACCCACAACUGGCAGCACGUCAUCGACCAGAUCGGGAUGUUCUGUUUUACAGGCCUCAAGCCCGAACAGGUCGAGCGCAUCACAAAGGAGUUUUCAGUGUACAUGACCAAGGAUGGCAGAAUUUCCAUGGCAGGAGUGUCGUCCGGGAACGUGGGCUACCUGGCAGAGGCGAUCCACGCAGUCACCAAGUAGACCGGGUCCUGCUGGGAGAGCGACAAAAUCAAAGCAGCAGUGUUGAAGAGGAGCUUUAUGCGUCACUUAUUCUUGGUCUCCUCCAUUCCACCUUUAGAACAGCUCAAUAUUUAGUUUGUCUCGAUUGGGUUUCAUCGCGAGUUCAACUUGGAACGGUUGCUGUUGUUGGUAGUUUGUUUCCUGGUCACAUUUCUUUUAUGUUUUGAAUUUCACCGAACAGGCUCCCCUGCCAAAUUGCAAAAGAUCGAUUUCUUCCCUCUACUGGCUGAGCUGAUGUCUCAUCUUUACUUAUUUAUUUUGUGGAACCAACUGUUAGCUGUGCAUGAGCGUCCUACUAAAUGUGUGCUCUUUAUCUGCUGUGGGCCCUCUCACUAUACAAAAACCAUCGGGGACUGUGCGUUAGUUUUACGUACAAGAUGAGAUAUCUGUUGCGCUGUGAAAGCCUGUAGAAAAUGUGUUUUAUUUAAUUUUACUGGUAAGUUGUAGCACUUUAUAAGCUGUACAGCACUGUUUGAGUUUCUUGACAAGACUGUCGGUGGGCUUUACUGUAUGAACAGGCAUUGAAAUCAAGUUACCAAGGUUCCUCUGACCUAAUCCAUCAUCCAGUAAUUCAGUCUCUUGAUUAUCUUCUCUCUUUGGAAUUUGCACAUCAGUCUUUCUAUGUAUUCAGUACUUUUUCAGUAGGAUUUGUGAAUCUUUUUCUGGUUUCAGUUUAGGUGGUCACAGGGCAGCAGGUUCUCAGUCGGUCCUUCUUUACACCCCUAAAAAAAAAAAAAAAACAAGCACACAAGCCUGAAGAGUUAAACCACAGUACAGAUGGAAGGUAGAUAUACUGUAUGGAUUCCACCAUAAAACUUUAUUUUUCACCCAAACCCCCAAAGUUAGUUUAUGUUCAUAGCGAGGCUUCGUACUUACAACCCAUACUACUGUCUCUCUGUGCGCCCAAUAAACAUGAGUGGAGUGUCUGCUUGGGUUGAACACAACAGUUCAUGGAGAAAUAUGCACAUGCUGCUCAUUCACUCAGACGCCAUGUUCCAGUGUACGAAUCUGUUCAUCGUGACGACUGUGAGACACAGAUGGCAUCCAGAAUGUGAAGUCUGCUCAUACUUCUGAAAGAUCUCACACUGCGCCUCCAUGUUUUGCAUUCUGUCAUAAAAUAUGGAUCGUUGAUCAUGUACUUUAUUGAACAAACAAUAAAUCAUUAUAGAGUAACGGUC